AUUUAUGCCAGGAAGAGGACUAAAGCGCAAAUUAAGUGAUUCUGAAGAUAACAUGGCUAGUAUUUCAAGUGCCUUUGAUUGCAGUCCAAGUCUGCCAUAUGCACUUCAGAGGCAGUUAGUACUAAAUGUGUGUCUGACUAAGCUGCACAGUUACAAGAUGCUGGUAGAACCUGAUUUACAUCGUUCAGUACUUAUUGCCAACACAGUCCGGCAAAUUCAGGAGGAACUGAGACAGGAAACGAGCCAGCAGUCCGCAACUUUGUACGCUAGUCCUACCUCCAGCAUGUGCUCCUUUCCAGGAACAGAUUUAUCUGGAUUACACUCUACGUUACCUUCAGUGUUGAACAGCCAUCAGGACUGUAACGGUAAUGGUGCAUGCACUGCAGACUCUUCUGUUGAAAGUGGUUUGAUGGUCUCUGAUGAUGAGAUGUCAUCGGCAAUUUCCUCUAUUCUGAAAGACUUGGAUUUCAUGGAAGAUAUUAGUCCAUCCCAGUGUGUCUCGUCUCAGGAUGAUCCUGUAAGCUCACUGACCAAUGUAGCUCUUCGGCCGGAGUAUGACAGUGUGCAUCAAGAGUUACGUGUAACAGAGUCCGUUUUCAAUUCACUUGAAAUCUCAAAUUCAACAAGUUACUUAACUGAUUUGCCAUUUGAUGACAUCUUUGAAGAUAUUGACACUUCAAUGUAUGACUCCGAUGUUUGUAUUAUUCCAUUAACAUCUCCUCGGUCUCCCACAUCUGUGGCAGAUGAAACUAUGAAAAACUUUAUAUCCUGCAAUUCUCAGUCAGCAAAUGGUAUUCAGAAUAACAGAUCAGACUUGAGUGAUUUAGACAAUAUCAUGGAAAUUCUCGUAGGAUCUUGAGUCCAAGGAUAUUUUCAGACUUGUAUUCAUGACAUACAGUUAUUGAAAUGGUAAUGUCCGACUCUAGAGAUAUUUGCUUUAAAAAGACUACUGUUUUUAAUUUAACGAACAUCCCUCAGAGCAGAUGACCUUGAAAGAUGAGGCUGUAGCAGAAGGAAUGUUUUAUUUAAAUAUUUAUUAUAUGGAUUGUAGUACUUGAGAGAACAUUUUACUUCAGGUAUAUGAUUUUUUUAUCAAUGGGAUGUUCAGAAAUUUGAGAUACUGACAAAUUCUAUCUUUUGCAAUUUCAAAUGCAUUUGACCUAUUUUUGUAAAUUUUGUACUCAAUUUCUGUAUUUUUACUGAUCUUAUUCAGUUAUUGUAGCUGUAAGAAGUGAUUGAAAGGAUUGCUGUUGGAUGUGGCUGACACUACCUCGCUGAAUCUUGAUGCGCUUUCUUUUUCCUUUAAUGAAUGCAUUUUUUUUCCUUGCAAAACACUUCUUACUCUUCCUGCAAAUGUGUUUUUUAAUUUAUAAACUGUAGACUCAAUGUAAUUCCCUUUUAAAUGUGAAGGUACUGUAUUCAGUUUUUAAAAUAUUUUUAAGACUUUAUACUCUUAAUUUAUUAAGAAAAGUAUUCAUUAUCUGUAAAAGUAUAUAUACUGUUGGUAUUAAAAGCUACAAUAUGUUAUAGUAUUAUGCUGUGCAAGCUAGCAGUCCCAUCAUGUUGCUGAACUCUCAACUGCUUUACUACUGUGGACAACAUACAUAACUUUUUGCAUAACCACUUAUUUAAUGGAGUGAAUUUCUUUUAAAUACAGUGUAGUUUAGGUUACCUUGAGUACAGUGGUGGUUUCUUUGAAACAUAUUUUAAUUCCAAAUUUGGCAAUGUGAUUUUAAAUGACUGGUUAGCAGUGGUUAGACACAAUACAGUUUAGUGUUAACAAUUCUGCACACACACUUGUCAACCACACUCUUGAGAAAUGUACACUAUUGAUUUGGAAAAUGCAGCAGCGGUUUCCCUGUAGCACGGUACUGCAUUCAGUAUCUGAAUUUAGUGCAAGUCUUUUUAUGUUGGAAGCAUACUUGACCAUCAUGUAUAUUUUUGCCAGAAAGUUUGCUUAUGUGGUAAUUUUGCAUUCAACGUUCUUUGAGCUAACCCUAUUCGUUAGUCUUCAAAACUUAUUCUUCAUGGCUCCUGUUUCUGUUGGUCUUAAAUGCCUCACAGCUUCAGGGUCUCAAGUUCAGUCCUGAUCUUUGGAUACUGGCUUUAUGGAGUUGCGUGAUCUACCUGUGUAUGUGCAGGUGUCCUUAAAGUACUCUGGUUUUAUUCCAUGUCAAAGAAGGUGUUUCUUGAUUGGCUACUUAUGUCCACAUGGCCGUGGCUGAGAAGGAUCUGUGCUUACCAAUUUUCCUGUUCUGUUAACAUUCAAUUUUUUUAAAAAAGUGUAUUUUUAGUUUGGGAAUUUUUAGCAGUUUUUGUGAUUGAUUUGCCAGGUUCUUAAAAAUGAUCCCCUUCAGUUUUUAUAGUCUCGAGUUCUUUGCUGUACCCAGUUGUCAGCUCUGCAGUAAAAAAAGCUGAAUGUAGCAGCAACACUACAUUUUCUUAGUGAGAGUACUCCAUUUGUAGUUGUGUAUCAUUUAAAGAUCUGCUUAAGACCCUGAUGGUUUAUAGAAGAUAAACUUGCCCAGUUGUCGGAGUUGCUUAUACAAUGUAUCAUCUGAUACACCCAUUAGUUUUUAGAUACAAUUAGCAGAAUGAUUUCUUAGGCUGUAUUUUGUCUUAUGGCCAUAAUUUCCCAAACAAGCAAGCUUUGGUUGGAGUGAUUUUACUGUACAUUUGAUGAACUAUGAGGCUCAUGAUGUGGUACAUGGGUAUCUUAAUGCUUUCUUCUAUUCACUGUAGUAAAUUUAGUCCUGUUCAUGAUGCAAGUUAUUUUUGACAUACAGUACAUGGCAUUGUAAUACUGUAGGGUAUUCAGUUUCAGUUAAUACAGAUUGAGUUGCCAUUGGAAUUCACAUAUGGUUAUUCGGUUUCCAACAGAAAGGAGAGUAUAGUCAGAAACAAACUGGUUGGAACGUUUCAUUUUUAUUGCAGGCUUGUACUUUACAGCAUGCAUUUUAAUACAAAAUCAGAGAUUGUGGUCUGCAUGUGUACUGGUGUCUUGUGUAACAUUUUUUCCCCUCAGUAAGGUCCAUUGUUUAUUUUGACCCAUUUUAGUGUGCUGUCAUUUACAUUGGAAUUUGCACAACAGUGAAUCCCUUUGGUUGCAUGUAUAGUCACUCUGUACCAGGCAGAUUUAAACCAGCCUACUAGAGAGCAAGUAACCACUUUAGUUAGCUUUUUGAGGUAUGCAGUCUGACGAGCAGCUGUAGCCUUCUAAAGAAGGAAAAGUGUAUUAUCUUGGAUUUACAUUUUUUUGGUGAGCUUUACUUAAUUCACCAUCUUUUACUGUACAGCAGAGACUGGAAUGCUAAAGUAUUCAGCAAAGUGUUCUGGGAUUCUGUAUAAAAGUGUAACUGUGGAAAUAUUUGAAAGUUCAGUAUUAUAUCUCAGGAUUUAAACGUGUUCUAUUUUCACAGUCCCGUGUGCAUCUAGGCAGUUUAGUAACAGCAGUGUGUAUAAAGAUUUUGUUCUAUCAAAUUCUGUCUCGGUAUCUCCCGUAUAGAUGUGGGAGAAUUCUAUUAGUUACUUUGCUUAACUUUUUAUUAAACUAUUUUAAACUGUU